AUGGAGGUAAAAUCCAUAGUCCUCGGUGUGGAGGGGAUGACGUGCAAUUCCUGUGUUCAAACCAUCGAGCAGCAUGUCGGGAAGAUGAGUGGUGUCCAUAACGUUACAGUGUCUCUGGAGGAUAAGAGUGCGGUCGUCAUUUAUGACUCAAACCUGCAGACUCCAGCGACGCUGCAGGAAGCAGUCUAUGACAUGGGAUUUGAUGCUACAUUAGCUGAUUCAAACCCACAACCUGUUUUACCUGACACUGUUUUUCUUACAAUUCCUCCUCAGUCAGCUCUGACAUCUAAACAGAUUUGUAGUGCACUACUAAAGAACAAAGGUAUCGUGGAUGUUAAAAUAUCCACCGAUCAAAAAACUGCCGUGGUGACUUUCAUUUCUUCCAUUAUAAACGGCAAGGAGAUUAGCCAGAUGGUCCCAGGAGCCGAUUUCGAUGUCUCUGCACCGGAGGUAAUGCCUGGAACUGGUAAAGAUUCCAGCUGGUCUCAAGCAAGUAGCAGCGUUGUGCUGCGCCUGAAAGUAGAGGGGAUGACCUGUCAUUCCUGCACCAGCACCAUUGAGGGGAAGAUUGGCAAAUUGCAAGGAAUUCAGCGCAUUAAAGUGUCCCUGGACAAUCAGGAAGCUGUUGUUGUCUACCAGGCUCAUCUAAUUACAGCCGAAGAAAUAAAACAUCAAAUUGAAGCUGCAGGUUUCACGGCAUCUCUCAGGAAGCAGCCUAGACCCCUCAAGCUCAGUGCUCUUGACCUGGAAAGGCUGAGGAAUACUCAGCCGACAGGCUCUGAGACAGCACUGCAAGAACACUCGAAUGCGAACGACACAAAGACAGUUGUCUUCAGAAUUGAGGGCAUGCACUGCAGUUCGUGUGUCCUCAAUAUUCAGAGUACCAUAUCAGCACUCCCCUCUGUAGCAAGUAUAGCUGUUUCAUUAGAGAAGAAAUCUGCUGUUAUAAACUAUAACCCAAACCUAAUUAGCGUGGACAAACUGAGAAGAGCCAUAGAGGCAGUGUCUCCAGAGACAUUUCAAGUCAGCCUUCCUGAUGAAUAUGAAAACGUGGCCCGUUUUCCCCCACGGGCGUCUCCCCUGAAGUCUCCUCAUCCCGCUUUGCAGGAUGCCGGCCAGCCGCUUACUCAAGUUGUCGUCAUAAAUAUUGAGGGAAUGACUUGCAGCUCCUGCGUGCAGUCCAUUGAGGGAGUCGUGUCCCAAAAGGCAGGUGUAAAAUCUAUUCACGUCUCUCUCGCCAAUCGUAAUGGGACUAUAGAGUACGACCCUCUGCAAACGUGCCCGGAAGAGCUGCGGUCCUCAAUAGAGGAUAUGGGGUUUGAUGCAUCGUUAUCAGAUACAGAGCUACCUGUGACAAUAGCUCAGCCCUCACCCCAAGUGCAGCUGGAACCUCACAAAACCGAGCCUCCCUCCAAAGCGUCGCCCACCCGCCUGGCUCGACAGGAUACAAAGACUGUAUCCAAGUGCUACGUCCAAGUCACGGGGAUGACGUGCGCUUCGUGUGUAGCCAACAUCGAGAGAAAUUUGAGAAGAGAAGACGGAAUACAUUCCAUACUUGUUGCCCUAAUGGCAGGAAAGGCAGAAGUGAGGUACAAUCCCGCUGUCAUACACCCUUCAGCUAUCGCAGAGCUGAUACGGGAACUGGGAUUUGGAGCUACUGUGAUGGAAAACUGUGGUGAAGGAGAUGGAGUUCUGGAGCUUGUUGUGAGAGGAAUGACGUGUGCUUCGUGUGUGCACAAGAUAGAAUCCACCCUCAUGAAGACUAACGGCGUUUUGUACUGCUCAGUAGCUCUUGCAACCAACAAAGCACACAUUAAAUAUGAUCCUGAGGUUAUAGGUCCUCGAGAUGUUAUACAAGUGAUAAAGGAUUUAGGCUUCACUACUUCGUUAGUCAAAAAAGAUAGAUCUGCCAGUCACCUGGAUCACAAACAGGAAAUAAGGCAGUGGAAAAGGUCUUUUGUUGUGAGCCUCGUUUUCUGCAUUCCUGUCAUGGGGCUGAUGAUUUACAUGAUGGUUAUGGACAGUCAACUUUCCGAUGCUCGUGCCCAUCACAACAUGAGCAGUGAGGAAAUGGAGGCCCUUCACUCCUCUAUGGUCCUGGAAUACCAGCUCCUGCCAGGAUUGUCUGUCAUGAAUUUUCUAUCGUUUUUACUCUGUGUACCUGUACAGAUGUUUGGCGGCUGGCACUUCUACAUACAGGCGUACAGAGCCCUGAAGCACAGAACUGCCAACAUGGACGUGCUCAUCGUUUUGGCAACCUCCAUUGCCUUUGUCUACUCCUUCGUUAUUCUUCUAGUUGCAAUGGCUGAGAAAGCCAAAGUAAACCCUGUGACUUUCUUUGACACGCCUCCUAUGCUGUUCGUGUUCAUCUCCUUGGGCCGGUGGCUAGAGCAUGUUGCAAAGGGUAAAACAUCAGAAGCACUGGCAAGACUAAUUUCAUUACAAGCUACUGAAGCUACUAUUGUUACCUUGGGCCCUGAUAACGUUCUUUUAAGUGAAGAGCAAGUUGAUGUCGAACUGGUUCAACGAGGUGACGUUGUCAAAGUGAUCCCGGGAGGCAAAUUCCCAGUGGAUGGUCGUGUUAUUGAAGGCCACUCUAUGGUAGAUGAGUCUCUUAUCACAGGCGAAGCGAUGCCCGUCACUAAAAAACCUGGCAAUACGGUAAUUGCAGGUUCUAUUAAUCAGAACGGAUCGCUGCUGAUUUCGGCAACCCACGUCGGAGCCGAUACAGCUCCUAUCCAGCAAUUUGCGGACAAACUUAGUGGCUACUUUGUUCCUUCUAUUGUGGCUGUCUCUGUGGUUACCCUUUUUGCCUGGAUUAUAAUUGGAUUUGUGGAUUUUGAAAUAGUAGAAAAAUACUUUCUGGGCUACAACAAGAGCAUUUCUGCAGCCGAAGUCAUCAUCCGCUUUGCUUUCCAAGCCUCCAUCACGGUCCUGUGUAUUGCCUGUCCCUGUUCCCUGGGGUUGGCCACCCCCACCGCUGUGAUGGUCGGCACUGGAGUAGGAGCCCAGAACGGCAUCCUGAUCAAAGGGGGCGAGCCGCUGGAGAUGGCCCACAAGGUCAAGGUGGUUGUGUUUGACAAAACGGGUACCAUAACUCAUGGGACUCCGGAAGUGAUGCAGGUGAAGUUUCUGGUGGAGAGUAACCAACUACCACGAAAUAAAAUGCUGGCGAUAGUGGGCACCGCCGAGAGUAACAGCGAGCAUCCUCUUGGGGUAGCGAUAACAAAGUACUGCAAAAAGGAAUUGGACUCGGAAACCCUUGGGACAUGUACAGAUUUUCAGGUAGUUCCAGGCUGCGGCAUUAGCUGUAAAGUCACCAACAUUGAAGCGUUGCUCUACAGGAAAAACAAAAUGGUUGAAGAAAACAAUAUUAAAAACGUGACGCUUGUGAAAAUUGAAGAAAAUAGAGACGAAUCGGUGCAGCCUGCUUUGAUUAUUGAUGCUGAGCUACCAACUACUGUGAUGUCUCAGAAAUACUCUGUUCUCAUUGGGAACCGGGAAUGGAUGAACAGAAAUGGCCUCGUUGUUAAAAGUGAAGUUGAUAAAGCCAUGACGGAACACGAGCGGAGAGGUCGCACAGCAGUUCUAGCAGCUGUUGAUGGAGUGCUUUGUGGCUUGAUAGCUAUUGCCGAUACCGUGAAACCAGAAGCUGAGCUGGCAGUCCACACUUUGAAGAGUAUGGGGUUAGAGGUGGUCCUCAUGACCGGUGACAACAGCAAAACGGCAAGAUCCAUCGCCUCUCAGGUUGGCAUCACCAAAGUGUUCGCAGAGGUUCUUCCCUCCCACAAAGUAGCCAAAGUGAAACAGUUACAAGAUGAAGGGAAACGGGUGGCCAUGGUUGGAGAUGGUAUCAAUGACUCCCCAGCCCUCGCUAUGGCCAAUGUGGGAAUUGCUAUUGGCACGGGCACCGAUGUAGCCAUCGAGGCAGCUGAUGUGGUUCUCAUCAGGGAUGACUUGAUGGAUGUGGUGGCAAGUAUAGAUUUAUCGAGGAAAACUGUGAAGAGGAUCCGCAUCAACUUCGUCUUUGCUCUAAUUUAUAAUCUCAUUGGAGUCCCCAUAGCUGCUGGUGUCUUCCUGCCCAUUGGGUUGGUUUUGCAGCCCUGGAUGGGAUCUGCAGCAAUGGCUGCCUCCUCUGUUUCUGUGGUGCUUUCUUCUUUGCUGUUAAAGAUGUACCAGAAACCAAGUUCUGAGAAACUCGAGUUCCGGGCCCGUGGCCAAAUGAGGCACAAGAGCCCAUCGGAAAUCAGCGUCCACAUCGGAAUUGAUGAGAGGGGGACAGGCUCUCCCAAACUGAGCUUAAUGGAUCGCAUCAUCAAUUACAGCCGAGCCUCUAUAAACUCUCUCUUCUCGGACAAGCGUUCGGUGAACAGCAUCGUUCUUACUGAACCAGAUAAGCAUUCGCUUUUGGUGGGAGAUUUUGGAGAAGAUGAUGACACGGCGUUAUGAGAGACUCGCCCUUCUCCUC